AUGAAUGGAACCGCCAGGUUCAAGUUCAAACAAGAAGAGUGCUCGCUCUACGGCUUUGAGGCCAUCGUGGAUGACCAACUGAUCGUCGGUGAAAUCAAGGAGAAGGAGGAGGCUCUCAAUGCCUCUGGCGGUCGUGGGUUCCUGCUAGCGCAGGACGACAAGAUCGCAGGCGCCUUCUUGCUUAACGUUGGCAACCUACCUCCUGGCAAGGAGUGCGUCAUCACAUUCCGGUAUGUGAGCGAACUGACGAUCGAGGGCGAAUUCGUGCGCAUGAAUCUGCCGAUCACCCGUCUCCCCAUCUUUGGCAAUGCGACCACCACCACCACGCCCACCGGCCACCAAUCUGAUGAAGCCCAGCCCAAAGCAGCCGUCAAGGACGGCCUACACGUGACCAUCUCCGCCGACAUGCCAGCACCCGUGCAUGCCGUCGAGUGUCCCUCAGGCCACCAGCUGACGUCGACCAUAACCGGCAACACUGCGCGCCUGCAGUUUGACUCUAAGACGCACGCAUCGAGCACGGGCCUCGUGGUCCUGCUGGGUCAGCUUGAGUCGCGGGGCGAGCCACAGGCCGUGGCUGAGGUGGACCCUGUGGCCGGGUCCGCUGUGGCCAUGGUCAGCAUUGUGCCGCAGCUCGACCACCUGCGCGACGCCGACGUCAUCGCCGAGCUCCUCUUCGUGGUCGACCGAAGUGGAUCCAUGUCGGGUGGACGCAUCGACCAAGCCAAGAACGCCUUGGCCCUCUUCUUCCAUUCGCUCCCCGUCGGCACCCGCUUCAAUGUGAUCGGGUUUGGGAGCCACUACGUGAAGCUGUUCCCAUCGUCCCGAGUCUACGACGACGAGACCCUCGAGCAAGCCAACCAGCAUGUGGCUGCCAUCCGGGCCGACCUCGGAGGCACGCAGCUUCUCGAGCCACUCAGGGAUGUGCUAUCGUCGCCCUCCGACCCCAAGUACCCGAGGCAAGUCUUUGUUUUGACUGACGGCGAGGUGGGCAACACGAACGAGGUGAUCGAAUGUGUGCGCAAGCACGCAAGAGACACGCGCGUAUUCGCGCUUGGCAUCGGCUCGAAUGUGUCAAUGGAACUCGUCAACGGCCUCGCCAAGGCAGGCCGGGGCUACGCCGAGUACGUGGUGUCGGGGGAGAGGCUGGAGGCCAAGGUCCUGCGCCAGCUGAAGCGCGCCCUCCAACCGCCGGUCAUCGAGUACGGCUCGGCGGCCAAGGGCGAGGGCAAGGACGACGGCGUCGUGGUGCAGGCGCACACGCCUGACCCUCUGCCAGCCGUGGUCGAGGGCGAAUGCGUCAUUGCCUCCUUCUUCAACACCAGUGACACCGCGCUCAUCAAGCGCGCGCUGAGUGGGGCCGUGCUCAAGGCCAAGACCGAUGUCGAGGGACGUGAAGACGUAGUUUACAAGGUGGAACCCAACAAGAGCAUCAAGGAGGGUCAACUGCUUCACCGCAGAGAGCGAAGAUCAAGCUUUAGAAGACAAGUUGAAACAAAAGAGUCUAGGUGA